ACUUCGUUCAUUCCCCUCUAUCUUCCUCUCGUCAGAACUCAGAAGGAGGGUAAAAUCACCGAUCCCCCCAUUCGCCAGCUCGUUCCUUCGCACCAAAUCCCCAAUCCCCGCGUCUCCCUCCUCGCGUGCGUGCUCCUCCCCCCAGCCCCCAGGGGAAAAACAACACCGUCACCGAAUCCAUCGAUCCCUACCCACCGCCCGCCGGCCCCCCUCCCAACCGACGCCGCGACCCAGAUCCAGAUCCAGAUCCGGCGGCGGCAGCGGCGGUCGUCGGCCACGAUGAACCACCCGUCGCGGUCCGCGCCGGCGUCGUUCCGCGACCGCACCAACGAGUUCCGCUCCGCGGUCGAGAGCGCGCGCCGCCACGUGGCCCCGUCCCCCGCCUCCUCCUCCGCCGCCUCGGCGUCGGCCAGCGGCGGGCCCCUCGACGACUCGCGCUCGGCCGCGUCGGCGCACUCGGAGUUCAACCGCCGCGCGUCCAAGAUCGGGCUCGGGAUCCACCAGACCUCACAGAAGCUCGCCCGCCUCGCCAAAUUGGCAAAGAGGACAUCUGUUUUUGAUGACCCUACCUUGGAGAUACAAGAGUUGACUGCAGUUGUCAAGAAGGAUAUUGGUGCUUUGAAUAAUGCUGUUAUGGAUCUACAAGUUCUCUGCAAUUCACAAAACGAGAGCGGUAAUCUUUCCAAGGAUACAACAAAUCAUUCCACUACUGUUGUGGACAACCUGAAAAAUCGCCUGAUGAGUGCAACAAAAGAAUUCAAAGAAGUUCUUACCAUGCGGACAGAGAACUUGAAGGUUCAUGAAAAUAGAAGGCAAAUGUUCUCCUCCUCAGCUGCGAAGGAUGCAUCAAAUCCAUUUAUUCGUCAGCGUCCCCUUGUUCCCAGGGAGGCAUCUGACUCCAAUGCGAACCCAGCACCAUGGGCCAGUGACUCUGCAUCUACCCCAUUGUUUCAGAGGAAGAAGACUAAUGGAGAUCAUGGAGCAUCUUCAUCAUCAUCUCCUGCUUUCAUGCAGCAACAGCAGCAGUUGGCAGUACAGCAAGACACUUACAUGCAGAGCAGAGCUGAGGCUCUUCAAAAUGUGGAAUCAACCAUCCAUGAGCUGAGCAACAUCUUUACACAGCUGGCAACCAUGGUAUCCCAGCAGGGAGAACUAGCAAUCAGAAUCGAUGAGAACAUGGAGGAGACAGUAGCUAACGUGGAGGGAGCGCAGGGGCAGCUCCUGAAGUACCUCAACAGCAUUUCAUCAAACAGGUGGCUGAUGAUGAAGAUAUUCUUCGUGCUGAUGGUUUUCCUCAUGAUCUUCAUAUUCUUUGUCGCAUGAUCCUCCUGUAAUACUUGCCUCCCCACAUGUCCUGAACAAGUAUAUUCUUUGAUUUUUACUAAAACUACACCAUGUACACAAUUUUCAGUCGGCCGGUUUAGCCUUUGUGGUCAUAUAUGUAAAUUGGGAAGAAGCAUCCGGCCCCGGUGCGGAUAUGUUACUAUCAAGCUUGUGAUAUUUUUACUGUAUGUUACGUUUGAUACACGGUUCAA